CGCACGGUUUACGCCCUCCGCGUUCGUUUAAAAAAAGGUUUCGUCCAAGUUUGUGGAAAACAACGACGGUUGGCCUCUUGUUUGGUGUUUGGGAUCGACUUCAUCAUGGGUCAUGGAGGCAGGCGUUCAGACACCAGCCGAAAGAAAAAGCAUAGCAUCACAGUAAAGGCAUCGGAUCUCCCAAGGUUAAAGGUCGUGAAGGUGGAAGCGAAGUGCAAAGAUAACAAUGAAACAUUUAGAUGGAUGCUGAUGCUAGCUGAGAAGUAUUUAGGGGUUGAUGACAAAAUUGAAAACAGCGGACCUAGCAUCCCUGCCCUUGAUGAAAGUAAGAUUACAGAUAUUCAGAUAGGUGAUGCUGAUGAUGAGAUCGAGGGAGAGGGGAUUGGAGAUAUCGUCAGCAACGCAGCUAGAGCUAUCAGAGAAGACUUGGAGAAAGAAGGAGCGGGUAAUACAGAGCUGAGUGAGGCUGAACAGUAUGAGAUGGUAGGAGAUGAAAGCAGUUCUCAAUGCUUACCUGAUGAAAGUUCUAGUGCUCAAGAGGAGGAAAUUGAAGAAAAGCCUCAAGAUACCAGCAUAAGCCCUCGUCGCAGCGGGAGAGUCCGAGUUCGCCAGAGCAAAGAAGGAGGCUUCAAGUGCAGCAAAUGUCCUUUUCGUUAUCCCACCAAGGAAGCCGCCAAAAUACAUGAAGCUACCCAUGACUCUAAAGUACAGGUCUGCGAAAAGUGCGAAAAGGAGUUUGUGAAUACAGAGGCAUUAAAGGCUCACUUCCGCUUUGUUCAUGAUAAGAAAUAUGACUGUAGCGACUGUGACAAGAAGUUCGGCACCAAGUAUCUCUUGAUGCAGCACUUACGUUCACACACUGGAGAGAAACCAUUUGCCUGUAAAACUUGCGACAAAGCUUUCACCACAUCUUCAUCACUGAAGGCACAUGUUGAGAGCCAUAACGUCAAUCGCUCGUACCUGUGCCAUGAAUGUGGUGCUGCAUACAGACGCAGGGACUGCCUAAAGCAGCAUAUAUUGAGAUGCCACAAAACUGAGCAUGAGUUCCAGUGUGAGUUGUGCGGUAAGAGCUACAAGUAUCGAGAGUCAUUAAAAAACCAUUUGGAGCACCACAAGAAUGUUGAUGAAGGAAAGUGCCCUUAUCAAUGCCAUCUCUGUGGGAAAGGGUUUACAGUGUCUGCUACGCUACAGCGUCACAUGAACACACAUAAAUCAGUUUUCCAGUGUCAUACAUGUGAUCGUGAGUUCAGCCAUCGCCACCAUCUCAAGCGGCAUUUAAUAGUUCACACAGGAGAGAGACCUUUCAUUUGUCCUCACUGUGACAGGACGUUCGGGCUGCGUACAACACUACUCACCCAUCUACGACUUCAUACUGGUGAGAAGCCUUACAAAUGCAAGCUGUGUCCUAUUGCUUUCCGGCGAAACUACAGCUUGAAGAACCACAUGAAGAAGGCCCAUGCCAUUGAAGUGCCUAAACGUGGACCUGGCUCCUUACCCCUCAAGGUCAGUAACCAAGACAAUGUGCCUCCAGAAGUCCUGAUGCAGCUACAAUUGCAGGAAGAAGAAGAGGAAGCAUCACAGAUGAGGGGCGAGAAAGGCCUCUUGCCUGGUCAGGUUCCUAUUGAGCUGACCGUCCACCAGAUCGCGUAUGACGGCCAUGUCGAGGAGAAUGUUGCUUACAGCACCUCUGCGGAUGAGUCAGUGGUUGCGAGUGAGCUCAUUGACAGUGUGGACAGUCAACAAGCUGUGAUGACCUUGGCAAACAUGUCACACCAAUUGAACGUGCAACAGAUGGAGGAGUUGCAGCAACAAGUUCAGCAACAGCUACAAGAGGCAGAAGGGGUCCAGCAACAUGUGCAGGAGGUUCACAUACAACAGCUUGAAGAUGGAACACAGACUGUGGAAUAUGUUACGUUUCCUGUUAACUUUACCACCAUCCCUACCUCAGAAUCUGAAAUGAAGGAUGGGCAGCUCAUCCAGUAAACUCUUCCCUAGGUAUUUUACAAGCGAUUUCGAUUUUUAAAAUCGUAUUUUCAAGAUGUACUGGUAUUGACCUCAGGGACAUUGGCCGAGCGUAAACAGGGGUUUUCUUAUUUAGAUUACACACCAGAUGAUAGACUAGUUCAGCUCUUUGUAUUGAUUAUACUUGUCAUAUGAUUAAAAAGAAUGAAUUAUAAUUAAUAUUUAUUUAAUACUACUUCAUCAGUCUCUUUAGAUUAAAAUAGCAUAUCAUAUUCAAUAGUUAAACAAUGUAGUUAGAAGAUUGGGCAUUUUUUUCUUUUUGUAAAUUAAGUUUUGUUGACCAUUAAUUCCAUUAAUUUGAGAUGUUUUAUGGUCUUGUUUAUCCAGAUAUUUGUUCUAUUUGCAAAUGUAUCCAGAUUAUGUUAUAUUUUGUUCAAUGGAAAGAGGUAGAGCGUGUAAAGACCAAUUACAAUGAUUACAAUUACUCAAGUGGAUUUUUUUUUAACUGAAGGAAUUAUUCAUGUUAGAUAUGGCAAAGAUUACAAGACCACAUUGAAAUUAAUGUAUAGAAUUUUAUUCAAGACAAAAUUUUCAUUUUAAAUAAAUGAAACAUGUAGAUAAUUAUGUACCCAUUUUCUUUCAUCUGUUAUAAACACUAAGAUAGUAGAAGAUAAAGAAGCCCAUUCCUCUUUUUCAAAAAAAAUUGAAGGAUAAUUAUUUGGCCUAAAGGUGUCCUCAUGCUCCUCUCUCCUUCCCCCCCCCCCCCUCCCCCCUAAAAUAAAAUGCAAUUGUGGUACAUUUAUGCAAGAAAACCUUCAUCAUCCAACAUAACAUUAAUUAUGCAGGAAUUGGCAAACAAAUGUAUAUGAACAUCGACAUCCCAAGUAUUCUGACGGGUUACUGAGGAAAAGUCCAAUAUCUUAUUGUCAUGUUCCAGCUCAGAUGAAGUAUUCUGUCCAUGAAUAUUAAUUACAAAUCCAACAAAUAUUAAAGUUACCAAUACCUUAUUAUGAAAUGACUUUAGUGUGUAGGUACUGUUUACUAUGCCUUUUAAAUUGCUCCAAGAAAUAUGAACCUCAGGAUGGAGAUCAAAGGUUUCUGUUUCAUUAUUUAAUUGAAAGUAUGAAGGCAUCCAGUAACAUUUCCAAUGUAAGAAAAACUACUUCACAAUUUCCUGAAUCUACUGCAGUGGUCAUACAAAUCAUUCUGUUUUGCAGUAAAGGUUGCCAACUUGUUAAAAGCCAUGAUUUGGAAGUGACUUUGUAGAAGUUCUCAUUUGAAAAAUUAGACUAUUCAUAUUAAUUUGGGCUUAUGCCAUGCAUGCACUUGAAUGCUAUUGCAUUGUGUAUCCCAACAGGAGUACUGAUACAGUGAUGCAAUUCACAUUUCAAACCAUCAUUCGAUUGUGGUUGCUCAAAGUAGGUUGUUUUUGACAUGGGCAAUAGAGAAAGAGAAAAAUAGGGUUUGUUUUCUUUAUUUUACACACUAAAUGCUUUCAUGUUUGAAACAAGAUUUUU